CGUGCCCUCUCUGGAGAAGGCUGGAAACAGCAACUAUGCCGCCUGCUCAGAGGAUGAUUACCUUUGAAGAAAUUGCCAUUUAUUUCACCGAGGACGAAUGGACCCUCCUGAGUCCAGCCCAAAGAGCCCUCUACAAGGAAGUCAUGCUGGAGAAUUAUGGGAUUGUGGCCUCUCUGGAAGGGGUUCCCAAACCGGACCUGAUCUCCUGGUUAGAAGAGAAAGAUCCAUUGGCCCACACAAAUAAUGAAGGAGAAGGACCAUCGGGCGACUGGACGGAGAGAGUGGAAGAAUUGCCCAGAAGGAAAACUGAAGGAAGGCAGACGCGGAGGAAGAAAUAUGUGGCUUCUGAUGGGGCUGAUUUCCAUGACACCCCAAUCCAAAAAGGUUACAAAGGCAAGAGUACAUUGCAGCUGCGUUCCAAAAACUCAGUAUCUAAACCGACCCUGGGCCUGCAUCGGAAAACACACAAACGGGAGAAAUGCUUAGAGCAGACAACUAAUUCCCGUCAGAGCAAAACUCGUUUUUCCUCCCAGAGAAACCACAUGGGAGAGAAACCGUAUGAAUGUGGAGAGUGUGGAAAGAGUUUCAGUAACAGAUCAGGCCUUUCUUCCCAUCAAAGAAUCCACAGAGGGAAGGAACGGUAUGAGUGUCUUGAAUGUGGGAAGAGCUUCAGUCAGAGCAACAAACUUACUUCCCAUCAAAGGAUCCACACCGGGGAAAAGCCCUAUAAAUGCUCUGUGUGUGGAAAGGGAUUCAUUCGGCACGAUAGCCUUACCAUGCAUAAUAGAAUCCACACAGGGGUGAAACCCUAUACAUGCUCAGAGUGUGGAAAGGGCUUCAGUCGGCAGUAUUCCCUUGUUUUGCAUAGCAGGGUCCACACAUUACAUAAUGGAAUCCAGACAGGGCAGAAACCAUAUAUGUGCUCAGAGUGUGGAAAGAGCCUCACUCGCAGGUCAUACCUUGUUUCCCAUGAAAGAAUCCACACAGGAGAGAAACCAUUUAAAUGCUUGGAGUGUGGAAUGAGUUUUAGAUCCAACAGAGCCCUUGCUUCUCAUGGAACAAUCCACACCGGGGAGAAGCCCUAUAAAUGCUCAGUGUGUGGGAAAGGCUUCGGUCUGCAGUAUUCCCUUACAGUGCAUAGCAGAAUCCACACAGGGGACAAACCUUACAAAUGUUCAGUAUGUGAAAAGAGUUUCAGUCGAAAUGAUAUUCUGACUCUGCAUCAGAGAGUCCACACUGGGGAGAAGCCAUACAAAUGUGAUGAGUGUGGAAAGAGCUUCAGUAGCAGGUCAGGCCUUACUCACCAUCAAAGAAUCCACACGGGGGAAAAACCAUUUAAAUGCUUUGAAUGUGGAAGGAGCUUCCGUCAAGGCUAUGCUCUCUCUUCCCAUCAGAGCAUCCACACAAGAGAAAAUAACGGCAAGCUCUACAGUGGAGCAGCGUUACUCUCAAAGUCGGGAUCGUGCCCUCUCUGGAGAAGGCUGGACACAGCAACUAUGCCACCUGCUCAGAGGAUGAUUACCUUUGAAGAAAUUGCCAUUUAUUUCACCGAGGAUGAAUGGACCCUGCUGAGUCCAGCCCAAAGAGCCCUCUACAAGGAGGUCAUGCUGGAGAAUUAUGGGAUUGUGGCCUCUCUGGAAGGGGUUCCCAAACCGGACCUGAUCUCCUGGUUAGAAGAGAAAGAUCCAUUGGCCCACACCACUAAUGAAGGAGAAGGUCCAUCAGAAGAAGAGAAAGAUCCAUUGGCCCACACCAUUAAUGAAGGAGAAGGACCAUCAGGCGAUUGGACGGAGAGAGUGGAAGAAUUGCCGAGAAGGAAAACUGAAGGAAGGCAGACAUGGAGGAAGAAAUAUGAGGCUUCUGAUGGGGCUUAUUUCCGUGACACCCCAAUCCAAAAAGGUUACAAAGGCAAGAGUACAUUGCAGCUGCGUUCCAAAAACUCAGUAUCUAAACCGACCCUGGGCCUGCAUCGGAAAACACACAAACGGGAGAAAUGCUUAGAGCAGACAACUAAUUCCCGUCAGAGCAAAACUCGUUUUUCCUCCCAGAGAAACCACAUGGGAGAGAAACCGUAUGAAUGUGGAGAGUGUGGAAAGAGUUUCAGUAACAGAUCAGGCCUUUCUUCCCAUCAAAGAAUCCACAGAGGGAAGGAACGGUAUGAGUGUCUUGAAUGUGGGAAGAGCUUCAGUCAGAGCAACAAACUUACUUCCCAUCAAAGGAUCCACACCGGGGAAAAGCCCUAUAAAUGCUCUGUGUGUGGAAAGGGAUUCAUUCGGCACGAUAUCCUUACCGUGCAUAAUAGAAUCCACACAGGGGUGAAACCCUAUACAUGCUCAGAGUGUGGAAAGGGCUUCAGUCGGCAGGAUUCCCUUGUUUUGCAUAGCAGGGUCCACACAUUACAUAAUGGAAUCCAGACAGCGGAGAAACCAUAUAUGUGCUCAGAGUGUGGAAAGAGCUUCACUCGCAGGUCAUACCUUGUUUCCCAUGAAAGAAUUCACACAGGAGAGAAACCAUUUAAAUGCUCGGAGUGUGGAAUGAGUUUUAGAUCCAACAGAACCCUUGCUUCUCAUGGAACAAUCCACACCGGGGAUAACCCCUAUAAAUGCUCAGUGUGUGGAAAGGGCUUCGGUCAGCAGCAUUCCCUUACGGUGCAUAGCAGAAUCCACACAGGGGACAAACCUUACAAAUGUUCAGUAUGUGCAAAGAGUUUCAGUCGAAAUGAUAUUCUGACUCUGCAUAAGAGAGUCCACACUGGGGAGAAGCCAUACAAAUGUGACGAGUGUGGAAAGAGCUUCAGUAACAGGUCAGGCCUUACUUGCCAUCAAAGAUUCCACAUGGGGGAAAAACCAUUUAAAUGCUUUGAAUGUGGAAGGAGCUUCAAUCAAAGCUCAUCUCUCUCUUCCCAUCAAAGAAUCCACACGGGGGAAAAACCAUUUAAAUGCUUUGAAUGUGGAAGGAGCUUCAGUCAAAGCUCAUCUCUCUCUUCCCAUCAGAGCAUCCACACAAGAGAAAAUAACGGCAAGCUCUGAAUGUGGAAAGAGGUAAUAGAGCUGCACAGUACAAAAACGAUUUCACAAACCUUCUUGAAUAAAUG